GCGGUGCAUUUCGAGUUCGAAACCAAAAGAAAUGACAGGACACACAUGCAAUUUGUAAAUUAUAAAUUGAACAUAAAAAACAAAUGACAUCAGCUGAUGUAACUGACCGAUUACCCAAAUGCUGGCAAGGACUGUUUGGUGCCCUGAGAUGUCAGCGGAACGGUCUUCAGCUGGCUAAACUCUGGCUGCAGCACAAGUGUUCUUCCCAGGCUGACGAGGCGCCACAGUGGCAGGCUCUGCUUUCUUGUCUCACUGAAACCGAACCCCGCCAUCAUGGAUCUUCCCUUACUUUCGUGCCCUUGUUUUGUUUACUUUCACGUGACUUGCAGACCAAGCUGCUAUCUGUGAUGUAUCAGCACCGUUGGGAAAUCUGUGUAUCAUCACUGCAGACAUUUGUCGGAGUCAUACAUGCAUUCACUGGAGAUGGCACCUGGCAGAGGACACUUUGUGACAUGUUGAGCAGGUCUUCAGCAGUAUCAUCAAACUGUGGGGCAGAAUCAUCAAACCAUGCACCGCAAAUGGAGUUGACGCCAGCACACUACAGCUUCACCCAGUCAAAUACAGCACUGACUGACCAAGUGUGUCACCAGGUGUUGUCUGGUUGCAGUGUAUCACCAUGGCAAACUAGUACUAAUAUGGGAGCCACAGGAGUCACUACCUAUAUAAAAGAAAAGACCAACAUCAUACCAUCACCAGAUGAAAACCCAAGUCGAAAACCUUUCCACAGAGAAGAAACUCGGCAAGUGUGUGAUGCUGGGGUAGCAGAGGAGACGUUGGAAACACAGGAUGUGAUUGUUGUAGAUGAUGAAGACAGUUUGAUGGAAUCGCCCCCAACUAAGAGAGCCAAACAAGGCAUCGACAUCAAGGAUGAAACUACAGCUGAAAAGAGUGAAGUUCAUAUUGAUGAGAUGCUUCAGGCUAAAGCUGAAUGGCUGAGAGAAGUGUGGCAGAGUUCUUGUCUCCCUGUUCUAGAGGCGUCGGAACUGAGCUUCCUUUCUAGUCUCCCAGCUUGCCAGAUGAAGCUGCUUUGUGAUGCUGUCAACAUGUCCUCUCUACCAGACGAAUGUCUCUUGAUGGCUUUUGAACUUCUUAAACGAAUCACCCUGGCUGUUAGUUACAGCAGUUGUGUUGCAUUCAUUUCUGGAUGCUUUAUUCACAAGUUCAGAGAUUUGGACCAUACUGCUUCAAGGACACUGACUGGUGUUUUGAUCAACUUGGGGGAAACAUUCCCAAAACAGAUAGUUGAUUCAAUUACUGCCGGCAGUCAAAUCAAUGAAAUGACCUCAUCCCAAAGUGGCAUCUUGUGUCGACUGUGUAAAGAAAGUUUCAGUGUUGAAUGUCAGGCCUACCUGUUGAGGAAGUUGUGCGAGUCAGGUGUUAUGAAUGAACACUCCGUCCUCGUGGUGGCGUGUAUUCUGGAAAACCUUGAUAACCUGGAUGAGACUACAACAUCGGUCGUCUUUGACUGCAUUCAUAAGUCAGCUCAAAGCUUGUGCCAGAGUCUCAAGUUUGGCAAACUGAUUUUUACAUUUGUUACCAAGUAUGGAAACACAUGGUCUGCCGCCCAGCUGUCAUUGUUGUUUCAAGUGGCAGACCUCCACAAAACGUUCAUGAAAAAGUCUGUGCUGGCUGCAUUACGGAGGAUUUCUAAAUGAUUGCAUAUGUUGGGUGCUAAAUGGAAGAAAUUAGUUUAGUUAAAAACUAAAAAUACUCUGUGUGUGUGUUUGUAUGUGUGGUGUGUGUGUUUGUAUGUGUGGUGUGUGUGUAUGUGUUGUGUGUGUUGUAUGUGUAUUUGUAGUUUUUAGUGAAAUAUUUGCCAUGGGACCAUUUCUCGACCAACAGACAUCCUAAGUUAUCGCGAUAACAGUUGAGAGAAAGUUGUUUAACUUUGGUCUUUGAACCUGACCAUGACAACUAAAAUAUAUAUUUUUUUUUUAUUGAGGCAUGUUUAUUUAUUGCAUUAAAACGUUUAUGAAAUCAUGUAUGUAAAACCCCUCUAAACCUUAACUAAAUACAAAGUCCUGGUUUGUGGGGUAUACACUUUACAGAGGUUUGUAUUGUGGGGAAAAGUCUUCCUUGUAUUCUAUUCUUUAGCAUUUAUAAGUACUUUUCAACAUUUUGAAAAUUAAGUUGAAAUAAAAUUCUACAAAUA